AUGUACAAAAUCAGAACUAGCAGGACAAAGCAGGCUAAGAAAGAAUAUCUUCUCGCGCGCGCGGGAGCUUGCUCUCUGCUCUUGCAACGUAGUUCUUGUGACUGCAGUCGGUCAUCUCUUCUUCUCCAAUCUCCGGAAAACGUUUCCAUCUCUUCUUCUCAUAUUUCUGAGAUGGAGGAAAUGGAUUCAGGGGAGAAGCGCCUCAAUGAGCUCGGCUACAAGCAGGAACUUAGAAGAGAGAUGACUCUUUUCAAAACCCUCGCGAUCUCGGUCUCGACUGUGACUCUAUUCACGGGAAUCACACCGCUUUAUGGCUCAAGCCUUCUGUAUGCUGGGCCAGCAAGCCUUGUUUGGGGAUGGGUUGUGGUCUCCUUCUUCACUUGGUUUGUUGGAAUCGCCAUGGCUGAGAUCUGUUCAUCUUUUCCGACUACUGGCUCUCUUUACUUCUGGGCUGCUCAUUUAGCUGGUCCACUAUGGGGCCCUUUUGCUUCAUGGUGCUGUGCAUGGCUGGAGACAAUUGGCCUUAUUGCUGGAAUCGGCACACAGGCUUAUGCAGGAUCGCAAACUUUGCAAAUCAUCAUUUUACUUUGUACAGGAACAAACAAAGGUGGAGGUUACUUUGCUCCUCGUGGAGUAUUUCUUGCUAUGUAUAUUGGUCUGACUGUUAUAUGGGCAAUUCUCAACACAUUUGCAUUGCAAGUUAUUGCCAUCAUUGACAUUAUUUCAAUUUGGUGGCAGAUCACUGGAGGUGUAAUCAUAGUCAUAAUGCUUCCUUUAGUGGCUCCAUCUACACAACCAGCUUCCUAUGUCUUUGGCCAUUUUGAGAUGGCACCGGAUUCUACAGGGAUAAGAAGCAAGGCAUAUGCAGUAAUUUUAGCAUUUAUUGUUAGUCAGUAUUCUUUAUAUGGAUAUGACGCUGCAGCACAUCUAACAGAGGAAACAAAAGGAGCAGAUAAAAACGGUCCGAUUGCUAUUCUUUCAAGUAUUGGGAUAAUUUCAGUAUUUGGAUGGGCUUACAUACUGACUCUCACUUUUAGCAUUCAGAAAUUUGACUAUCUCUUCGAUGUCAACAAUGAAACUGCCGGAUCAUUUGUGCCUGCACAGAUUUUGUAUGAUGCAUUUCAUGGGAGGUACAACAACUCAAUUGGCGCAAUAAUUUUGUUGUUUGUUAUUUGGGGUUCUUUUUUCUUUGGAGGACUCUCAAUUACUACAAGUGCAGCUAGAGUGGUAUAUGCAUUGUCUAGGGAUCAAGGAGUUCCUUUCUCAUCCCUAUGGCGCAAAAUUCAUCCAAAACACAAAGUUCCAUCCAAUGCAGUGUGGCUAUGUGCAGCCAUCUGCAUACUUAUAGGGCUUCCUAUCCUCAAAGUGAAUGUUGUCUUCACAGCAAUCACCUCCAUUUGCACCGUUGGAUGGGUUGGCGGCUACUCAAUACCAAUCUUUGCAAGGAUGGUCAUGGCAGAAAAGAACUUCAAUCCUGGUCCUUUCUAUUUGGGAAGAGCAAGCAGGCCAAUAUGUUUAGUGGCAUUCUUAUGGAUCUGUUACACUUGCUCGGUCUUUCUAUUGCCAACAUCUUAUCCUAUUAAGUUUGACACUUUCAACUAUGCACCUAUUGGUUUAGGAAUCUGCCUAACUACGAUUUUGUUGUGGUGGAUUUUGGAUGCUAGAAAAUGGUUCAAGGGACCUGUUAGGAAUAUUAAUGGCCAGAGUGAGAAGGUUUAAUCUUCUUUUGUUCCUUCUGUUUUCUUUUUCAAAGUUGGUGUUUUUCUCGAAUUAUAUAGAUGCCGAUGUUUUUAGGCAAAAUGGAAUUGCUAGAGAGCAAUUGGUUUCUUUGGUUCCAUGUUUUGAAUGGUGCUCUUAUGGCCUUGUAAUGUUAUUUGCAUGUAUACUCAUGCAGAAAUUAUAAAAGUUUGUUGAACAUGAAAAAUAAGAAAUUAUUUCAAAGGAAUUUAUAUUGUUAUACAAA